CCCAUUCAUUGUGCACUUUGCGCUGUGUGCUGUACAGUACUCGCACUCACGAAAUACGUGCAUUUGGUGUACGUCUACACAACAUGUGCGGAAGUGAAACUUUGGUACGAAAAAUGACGGAAUUUUCGUAAGGAAACCAACUCGUAACUGUGGAUUAUGGACUUUAUUUCACGGACAACAUGAAAUGCCUGGAGACCAAGGUCACUCCAGUGCUGUUGUUGGGGAUUCAGGUGGUGUUUUUAGCCCAGUUUGUCGCCGGGUCGUCGUGGUAUUUAGGGUGUACCCAUGACAACGCAUCAUCGGAGGCAUCAGAGAGCUUACUUCAAGAUUUGAAGGGAAACUCAGUGUUCACCCCAGCUUCUUGUGCUAGCUCUUGUCGGGAAAGAGGGUCCCUGUAUGCUGGAAUUCAUGAGCAAGGUGCAAACUGCACGUGUAGCAGCAUAAUAGGAGAAAGGAUAGCAGAGAAACAAUGCAAUAUUACAUGUGGAAACGUCAGUUUGCCGUGCGGAGGUGAUGGUGUGGUGAGCGUAUACUCAGUGGAUGGACCCUAUUUAUUAACUGCUGAGCUGAGCCAGACGCAGCACUUGGUGCAGGAGGGAGCCACAGUCCGCUUUGAGGCCAGAGUGGCUCUGGCUACGGAUGAACUAGCAGAUUUAGGUCUAGAAGGCUUCAGUGCCAGCGAUUUUGAUGAAAUCGUCUUCAGGUGGAGGGUAGACGGUGAACUGUUAGGGGAAACAUCCCUGCGAUAUGGCAAUUCAACUGCCGCUAGCAGUUUUGUGCAUACAUUUCACAGCGAGGGAAGGUGGCACAUAGACGUAGACGUCAGCAAUGCCAUCUCCGAUCUCCUCCGCACCACCAGCAUCGUGGUGGUGCGACCUUUACCCUCUGACCUCCAGGUCAUCCUGCGCCCCACCGAGGGCGACGCCCCGUCAUGCGUGCCCAUGUCCAGUUCUGCAACCGCCUCCCUGCCCGCAGUCUCUGUCUUCAUGGGGGAGGAGGUGGAGUUUCAGGCCUCGGUGGCCAUGGGAGUCAACCUGACAUUUGUCUGGACGUUUAACGGCGAUGGUUUAAACCUCACGGAAGUUUCUGCAGAGGAGCCUGACUGUGAAGGAAUCGCCUGCAUGCAGGAUAUCCAGGUACAUACAUUUACAGUGGAGGGAAUGUAUGAUGUUGUGGUGAACGUCUCAAAUGUUCUCGGCAGUGUCCGGAAGACUCUUCGUGUGGUGGUUGUGAGUCAUGAGAUUUCAAAUCUUACGAUGUCCUUGUCGUCGAACUCUGCCUUCAUCAACAAGGUGAACAGUAGUCUGGGAUUGCUCAUUACCAUGGCCACCACGGCCAGGCAGCAGGUUGUUCUGCAGGUGGACUUUGGUGACGGCUCUGUGUUCAACCACAGCAUGUAUGACGUCAACGACACCUUUAUAACUGUCGGCGGCGAGGACAGUGCGCACCUGCACCUCACCGCCAGCUACGGCGAGGGUUGCACCCUCUUCGUCUCGCUGAGCCACCAGUACCGGCAUGCCGGCGUCUUUGCCGUGGAGGCCAACAUCUUCCAGAGCUGGGACAGCCAGAGCGCAGGCACAGCGAAGCUGGAAUCAGCCAUCAUUGUCCAGGAAGAGCUGGGGCCCAUCCAGAUUGAGACUCAGGGGGUUUACUCCACUCAAUCCCUGGCCAAUUUUAGUCUCAUGAUGCCUGUUGAAACGGCAAACAUGUCCUACCUGUGGAGCGUGACAUCAAACAAUGUGACUGUUGAUCUGGCCUGCUAUUUGGAGCCAACGUGCCUCCACAACUUCACCCAGCCAGGCCAGUACCUUCUGAAAGUCAGUGUUGUGAAUCUGGUGAGCACUGCCCAUGCACAAGAAGAUAUAUCCAUCCAGGAAGCAAUCAGAGGCCUCUCCUUAAUCGGUGGCAGCAGUGGGAUCUUGCCAACAGGCGCAACAAUCCCCUUCACAGCUUCCACUGAAGCAGGAAGUGAUACUCAAUUCACAUGGCACUUCUCUGACUUACUAGGAAUCACCGAACAGCGGGAUUAUCUCUUGGAUGCUCUCCCAACCUCUCAAGCCAACCACACAUUUUACACCAGCGGAGUGUACAACGUGAGCGUCACUGCCCGUAACAAAGUCAGUUCUGAGACUGUCUACCUCCUGCAAGGAGUUCAAGUGCAGGAUCCUGUACUCGGGCUGAGCUUGGUCAGCACCGGCCCCACCAUACUUGGUCACCCCACUCACGUGAAUGUAACUCUCCUUCAGGGCACCCACGUCACAUUCUCAGUCCAUACGGAGUUUGGACACGUCAUGCCCAACGUUCAGCAUUUUGGAGGGGACAACACUUACAUCCUAGAACUGGCCAUCAGUAACCCAGGUGUGUUCCAUGCGACCGUGGUUGCGAGUAACAACAUCUCCUCGGACAAUGCAACUUUGUGCGUGGUGGUACAGGAACCAGUUGGAAGGGUGUCAAUCCAGGAGUUUUACCCCGGGAACGAGCGGAUAGUUUUACUGGCAAGAUUGGAUGGUGAAAUACCCAAUCGGACAGAUGUAAUGUACACCUGGCAGGCUAGAGGGCAGAAUCUGACCAGUGCGAGCCCCCUACUCACCUUUCCGGUCUGUUUACAGCCUGAACAGGUGGUCAUCCAAGCCAGUAAUCAAGUGGAUGUAAGCCAAGAGGAGCGGACUGUCGAUACCACCAUCCCUCAGACCAAAUACUCCCUGGACUGUCCCACGUUUGGUGAGGCCGGCGAACCCUUUACAUUCUCACUACAGUUAUCAGGGGAUGGCGAUUUGGCCCCAGUCCAAGUCUUGAUUGACCACGGUGACAGCGCCCCCAACGUAACCCACACGGCCGUCCCUGGGUUACCUGUCGUCUGGAACCACACCUUCCCCCACCUAGGGGUCUAUCCCCUGCACCUAUGGUACCACCGCGAGGGAGAAGACGUCUUUGGUGAAACGGUUAUGGUUGUGCAGAAAAGGAUUGAUGGCAUUCAGAUGAUUGGUCCCGAGCUGAGCAAGUUCUUUGGACCCGUAACAACACAAACAUGGGAAGUUACGCCGACCUCGGGUACGGACAUUCUCUAUACCUGGACAGUCGUGCCGAUCAUAACCGACUAUUCCCACGGAACCGAGACAAGUGCGGAGGUCAACAUGGCGACCGUCAUGCUGGCUGGUUCUCACGGAAAGGUGUCCAUGCCGUUCCACGCCCCCGGUUGCUACAACCUCACCCUCCACGCCAGCAACCUCAUCUCCUCCGCCACGCACCACUCCCAAACAACCCUCCAGCAGCCCAUUGUCCAAGCCACCGUCCUCGUGGACCCGGCACUCAUCGGCACGCCGUCCACCUACCAGCUGGUCGUCCGAGGUGGGCCUCCCUUCCACUUCCAAAUCGACUUUGGAAUGGAUGGCGACCUCCUCUCCACCACGUCCGAAGAGUUGGCAUCUCUGGGCUACGAGGUCAUCGACUACCUCCUAGAUCCACCAGCUUGCAUCUACACCUUCAACCAGACCUACCCGGGCCUGGGCUGGUACGACAGCUCCUUCCGCGUCAGAAAUCUGGUCUCGGAGGAAACGGCGACGGCCACCGCCAAAGUGGAAGAGUGGAUUACGGGACUGACUCUCACCUCUCAGAGUGACUCUCUGGUUACCAUCGGUCGGUCGGUGGUCCUAGAGGCAAAGGUGGAAACCGGAAAUGACGUAGUGUUCACCUGGGACUUUCAGGACCCUCGAAGUGAUCCUACCCUUCUAUACUGCUUCAAUGCAAGCAUAGCCACCCACAGGUUCAGCCAGCCCGGCACCUACCAAGUUUCUGUCAGCGCCGGAAACUCCCUCCAACCCGUUCCCCUGCGAGUCACCUACCAGACCCCUUUCUUAGUCCAGGAGGCCCCCUUUGCCCUGGAGUUGAACCCCCCGGCGGGCCACCCCCAAGGUGCGGCCCUCAACCAUCAAGGCGGUCUCUGGGCCACGGAGGUGCUGAGCUUCCGGGCCCAGUGCUGGGGGUCACACCUGGUGUUCUACUUUGACUACGGGGACGGAACCGUGGAGACCGUCGUGGGGAUGUUGGAUGAUUAUGGAUCCUAUCACGCUUCCGGGAGCCACCAAUAUUUUGCAGAGGGUAACUACACAGUCAAGGUCACUGCCGGGAACCAGUUAAGCAACGAGACCCGCCACCUACCCCGGCCGUACUACGUACAGGUUCCCCCGACCAGCCUCCGGUGCGAGAGCCCCUACAGUGCCCAUGCCUUUGGCAACGUCUCGCGCCUGACGGUCCGGGUCGAGACCGGAACCCAUCUGUUCUACAACUGGUCCAUGGGGGACCAGACCGACUACAUUGACGUGGGCCCAUCUGUGAGCCACCUCUACCGCUCCCCGGGAAGCUACACGGUCACCGUCGUCGCCUUCAACAAGGUCCAGAAGGCCCAGGCCACCUGCCGCAUCUCGGUUGAGGUCCAGGUCCAAGGCGUCCAGCUCCUGAUGGAUCAACGGCUGCACCAGACCUACACCCUCAUCACCCUAGAGGCCAGGACCGUCACGGACAGCGCACUGUGGUACCACUGGGACAUGGGCGACCAGAGGGACGUGCAGAUCACCUCGGUCAACACGCUGACCUCCUUGUACACGUUUCAUGGCAGGUACUACGUGACCGUCCUGGCCGCCAAUCACGUCAGCAACGCCACCUCCCUCCCCGUGGAGCUGACCCUCCAGACCGCCAUCCAGCAGGUCAGCAUCCACGCCCAGAGCGCGGCCCUGGUCAACCAAUCCGUCCACUUCGAGGCCUGGUUCAAGGGCAGUGACACGAACUUCGUCUGGGACUUUGGCGACGGCACAGAGAAAAUUUACACCACCGCGGAGAGCGUCUAUCACAAGUACAACAGGACUGGAGAAUUUUUCCUGCAUCUGGAAGUGUCCAAUCUGGUCAGCAAUGCUACCGCCGUGUCCAAGAUCUUCAUCCUGACCAGAAUGUGUCAUCCUCCCGUGCUGGACAUUGUUGGAUCUGAUCCCAGAACUGUCAAGCAUUCUGAAGACAUCCGCGUGGAAGCAGAGGUGGCAAUCGACUGCGACAUCACCAACCUGGCCCUGUACUCCUGGUCCAUCACAUGCUCCCAAAAUGGCACGGAGGUGUCACUCCUGCAGGACCGGGCCUCGCUCAACCAGAGAACCCUGUACAUCCCGCGAUGGGACCUGCCUUACGGAUCCUACACGUUCACACUUGACGUGGUCAUGAACGGGACCAUAGUCUACGCCCAAGACAGCAUCCAGCUGGAUGUUGUAAGGAGCCCCCUGAUGAGCAUCAUAGAGGGGGGCACGAGGCGCUACUUCGGCCCCGACAUGGUUGCGACUCUCAACGGCAGCUUUUCUUACGACCCGGAUGACCGCAACAGCAACAACGAUCUCAGGUACAACUGGACCUGUCACCCACUGGGCCUAACCACCGCGUCCUGCUUCAACGCGACUGCCCUCUCCGUGGCCAACCAGACCUCUAUCCUCCCAUCCUCCAAUGAGUCCCUGGUCUUCCCGACCUCCUGGCUGCUUCCCAACGACUCCAGGUCUUUCGUCUUCACCCUCCGUGUCAGCAAGGAGGGGCGGGCUGACGCUGAGGUCACGCAAGUCCUGACCCUCGUGCAGGAGGUGGUCGGGGCUGAAGGCAGGCAAAUGCAGGUGUCCAUCGAUUGCCUGAAGUGCGAUGACGGCAUCAUCAAUGCCAAUGAGCAGCUCACCCUGGAAGCUGUGUGCCCGGAGUGCGACGAGAACACCACCUACACCUGGGAGCUGUACGUGGUCCUGGAUGGCAUCACGUCCAGCAGCUUUUAUGAUUUAACCUCAGGUCUUCGGUGUGUUCCUGGAGACGGAUCCUAUGGCCAGUACCUGGUGGCCAAUGAGAGUUCCCCGUCGUCGCCAUCGUCACCAUCAUCCAAUCCGGAGGAAGACAGCAACAUUAUCAACCAAGGUAUCCAAACCAUUGGAACAUCCACUCCUCAAAACGGUGUCAGCAAUGCUAUCAACACAGGACUGCUUCCAUCAGAUGGUGUAGAGGAAGGCAGUGCCCCCGACCCGUCUGGAGGGGAUUCCGGAGGAACUGCUUCAACGGCCGCAACAGUCACCACCGGUUCUGAUCUCGGUUUUGGCAGUCUUACUGAAGAGACGGGAUUAAGCUUCAUAGAGGAAGUCAGUGCUGAUGAAGAAGUACCAGCGACCCAGGAAACCUCAGGGACUCCUGCAGCAAUCACAACGCAUGCUGUGAUUUGGGGGAACUCUUCUGUUGGACCAACAGGUGCUGACCAUCUGAAUGGAAACAGCUCAGAACCAGCAGGUGGAAGUCUUAACGAAGCCGUCGGUAGCCUUGGAGAAGCUGUCGGUAGUUUUCAGGAAGCUGGCAGCAGUUUUGAAGAGGCUGUUGGAAGUGUAGAUGAAACCGGUGGUAGCCUUGAGGAAGCUGGUGGGAGUUUCCAGGAAGCUGUGGGUAGCCUUGCUGAAGCCAGCGACAGCCUUCAGGAGGCUGGUGGGAGUUUCGAGGAAGGAGCUGGCAGCUUUGUGGAAGUUGGAGGUAGUAUUGAGGAUUCCAAUGGAACCCUUGCACCAGUCGAAGGAGGGCUCACAACAGCCAGUGGAAGCCUUGCUGAAGCUGGUGGAAGCCUUGACGAAGCAGGCGGAAGCCUUGAUGAAGCAGGCGGAAGCCUUGUUGAAGGUGGUGGAAGCCUUACCGAAGGUGGAGGGAGCCUGGCAGAAGCUGGUGGCAGCUUUGUAGAAGCUGAUGGAAGCCUUGCUGAAGGCGGCGGAAGCCUCACAGAAGGUGCUGGAAGCUUUCAGGGGGAUAUUGGUACUACAGUAGAAACGGAGGGAAGUUUGAUGGAAAGCAACGGAAGUCUUGCUGAGGCUGGCGGAAGCCUUGCAGAAGCAGGGGGAAGCUUUGGGACGGGAGGAAGCAUACUUGAAACUGGAAGCCUUACAGAAGGGGAUGGUAGCCUCACUGAAGCAGGUGGAAGCUUUGACGAAGCAGGAGGAAGCCUUGGGGAAGCUGCUGGGAGCAGUUUAGCAGAAGAACUACCUGGAUCUGCUGGCUCCAAUAAUGGCACAGUAGCUCCCACAGCAGAAGGAUCCCAAAUGGGAGGUUCUCUAGCAGAAGGUACCAGUGAUAACCAACAAGCUAGCAUUCCUGGCCAGGAUUAUCCAGAGGCUGUGGACUCAAUUGUUGAGGACACUGUACCUGUCACCGGCCAGGGUAAUCAAACUGUCAGCCAACCAGGGGAUACAGAUGACUUCCCAGAUGACGAUUACUAUGACGGAAAUUAUCCUGAAGAAUACCUAGGUUACAGUGACCCACCAGAACAGCAUCCUCCACCACUGCCUGACCCCAACACGGGCGACGACACAAACGGCGGUGAUCCAGUGGUCAAUCCGGACGUGGAGCCGACCGUCAAGGAGCACAUCGUGUCCAAGUCGCUCCAGCAGCGGGUGCUGAGGCCCGAGGACACCACCACGGGACUGGGCAGCCGGGCCCUGACCAUCAAGCCGGGGUUGCUGGACGAAAACAGGACCUAUGCCCUGGUUGUGUCUACCCAUAAGAAAGAAAAUGGUGUCAUGAGAAUCGGAGAGGCCCAGCAGUAUGUCUCAGUCAACAGAGGCCCAAGGGCAGGGCUGUGCUCCAUAACGCCUGACGAGGGCAACGAGAUGGACACUGUCUUCACUAUCAACUGCCUGGGCUGGCAGGACGAAGAUUCUCCGAUUCAGUACGAGGUCAGUUACAGCUUGAAUGAGACGGAGGAUCUGACAAUCCUGUACUUAGGCAUGAAGCACGCCGUCAAGUUUCAGCUCCCGGCAGGCUAUAUAGACAACGACCAUCUGGUGUACGUCAAAGUGGCUAUAGUGGAUGGUCAAGGUGGGAAGACAUCCGUGUGCUCCAUCACCAUCCAAGUACUACCCAAGAUGUUCAGCUCCGGGGAGAGCGUUGAGGAAUUCUUGUACAACCUGACCCUGGCGGACUCCAACCUCCUGACGAUGUAUGUGCAGCAGGGGGACCAGCACAACCUGAAUGGUUUCAUCAACAUGGUGGCCUGCAUUCUGAACCGCCAGCCAGCGCUCGGCCCCGGCAGCUCCGACUACGUAAGGUUGCUGUCGCUGCGCAGGCAGAUCCGGUACGCCCUGGUCUCGGCUGUCCUGGAACUGCCAAUGAGAGAUCAGUUUGAGGUGCAGCAGAGCAGCAUGGCCACCGCAGCCAGCAGCUACGUGCCACUUGAGCUCCAAGUGGAUACCGUCAUCCUCGCCGCCUACUCCGUCAACUCUAGCAUGGCCAGCGCCGUGGCCAGCGCUCGGCUCCUCAGCCAGCUGGAUGUGGACAUCCUGGUGGCGCUGACCAGUACCACGUCCAGCGUGGUCAGCGCUCUGGCCAUGAACCAUACUCAGGCCAUAGGGGUCGGUCAACGCAAGGUGGCCGUCCGGAGCUCGCUGGGCGCUGUCAUGGAGCUGUUACAGACGUACCUCCAACUCCAAAAACCGGACGAGGAACCCGUCCUCAUCCAGACGAGCUCCGUGGACCUGCUCGGCGCCCGGCAGACCUCACUGGCGACCGUGGACCUGACGGUGGGCACCAAUGCCUUCCUCCUACCCAACGGCAUGGAGCAGGUGCUUCACGCUCAGAACGGGGGCGGAGUGAUCGGGACGUACAUGUGCCACGACAUGGCCGUGCCCUGCUGGGAUGUGGACAUGGUCACCUUCAAGGAUAACCCUUACCUGUGGGGAGAAGGGGCCUACAAAGUGACAACGGAUGUUUCCUCCCUCACUCUACACUCGUGCACCGGCCAAGAGCUGAAAGUGGAAAAUCUGACCGCCGGCAAAGAAGUCGUCUUUGAAGUGGCCCACACUUGCGAUUCUCUGGGGGAUUCUCUGAUGUGCAACCUGACCAUUGAUAAGGCCAACAUGAACGUGCAUGAGUUCGUCGUCUUGCAGGAGAACAUCGGCCAGACGUUUCAGAUCAUGGCCCGGCUGGCCCCGGAGACCAGACGCACGUUUCCUGUCAAGCUCAUCAUGAGGUAUGGUGCCCAGCCUACACCCACUGCUUACGACAGUUCCUGGAUGUAUGAAAACGAAGACGAAGACCUGGUCAUAUUCCUGCCUCCAAAUACUUUCAAUGCUACUGGUACCUACUACAUAGCCCUCAUCAAUGCCGAGUACGGCGAGAGCAGCUAUGGACAGGAUGAGGUCAGCCAGCGGCAGUACCUGAUCCGACUCUGGUGGGGAGAGUGCCUGUACUGGAACACGGAAAACGAAGCCUGGGUGGGAGAUGGCUGCUCGGUGAUGCACUCCUCCACCUACGAGCUGACCCGCUGUCGGUGCAACCACCUGACCACCUUCGGGGUCACUUUCCUACCCAUCUCCAUCAUCUUGGAUAUCGUCAGCUUGGCAGUUUUCGACACGCCCAACACUAAUCCCAUCACCUACUCCUUCACGGCCGGCAUUCUCAGCAUCUACAUCCUCCUGUACAUCUACUGCUACCUGGCUGACAAGCACGAUGAACGCAAGCUGGGGCUCAUCUACCUAGCGGACAACCAGCCCGCCGACCAGCAAUAUUACGAGAUCACGGUUGAGACGGGCAUGCGGGCCGGAGCAGGCACCACGGCCAGGGUAAGCAUGGUGCUGCACGGGGUGGAAGGCCACUCAGAGACCAAGGAGCUCAUCUGCAAGGGCCGACCCAUCUUUGAGAAGAACUCCCGGGACAGAUUCAUUGUUAGUGUUCCCGAGUCCCUGGGCAGCAUCCGUCGCGUCCACGUCUGGCACAACAACGCCGGCCACUCCCCUAGCUGGUUCCUGAGCCGCGUGGCCGUCCGCGACCUCAUCACCGGCCACAAGUGGUACUUCAUCUGCGAGCGCUGGUUUGCCGUGGAGGAAGACGACGGCAAGAUUGAGAGGGAUCUUGAGGUCCUGGAUAAGGGAGUCGGCUUCCAGAAGGCUUUUUUCGCCAAGUUGUUCCAGUACUUUGCCGACUACUACCUCUGGAGUUCCAUCUUCACCCGCCCGCCAUACAGCGUCUUCACCCGGGUCCAGCGCCUGACGUGCUCUCUGUCCAUCUCCAUGGGAUUCCUCUGCAUCAACACCAUCUGGUACCAGCACCUGGUCAAAGAGGAAGUUGAUCUGGGUCUGAUAGACGUGUCGGCAGAAAACAUGUUGGUUGGAAUCGUGACAGCCAUUUUGGCCAUCCCCGUCAACUUCCCUGUUAUAAUGGUCUUCAGGAGAACUAGGCCACGACGUGAUGAAAUUGAAGAGGAAAAGAACUUCCGGAGCGUCAAGGCGACAAUCGAGCUUCCAGAAUCUGCUGCACCAGUGGAGACCAUACUGAACCAGGGCAGUCUGGAUUCCGGCGUGGGGGAACAGAGCGACGUCACCCUGGAUGACCUCCCGGGAUGGGUGCAAGAGAAAUGGAGACAGAGGCUCAAGGGCUCAUCUAGCCGCAGCGACCAGACCCGCAGCAGCUACGACUCCAUCAGCUUCACCAGCAGCAGCAGCCUGGCCUUCGACGACCCGCCAACCUCCUCCAGCCUCAGCAACGCCACCAAGCCCUCUGACAGCGGCGUCAGCUCGCCGGACAGCCGCAGCCUGCUGUCCAGUUACCUUCCCACGGCGGCCGCAGGCUGGCAGGCCGACCACAAGCGCCUGGCCAACCCCAAGAUCUGGCUGCCCAACUGGUGCGGCAAGCUGGCCUGGGCCAUCUGCGGCUUCAUCACCGUCUUCUCGGCGGUGGUCACCAUCUAUUACGGAUACAGGUUCAGUGAUGUGAAGUCGGUGUACUGGAUGCAGUCCGUCUACUUCUCCUUCCUGCAGUGCAUCUUUGUCACUCAGCCGGCCGUGAUGCUGAUGUUCACCAUCCUCAAGUCGGUCCGGCACAGGAACAACAUCCACAUUUUUGAUCACUAUGAUGACAACAUCGACCUGAUCGACAAGAAGAGCUUGGAGAGGGCACGCCUCGAAGUCUACGAAACCGACAUGAACAAGGCCAUAGCGGCAAGGCAGCGAUCCCGCUACUUGAGGUUCGCCCGCCCUCCCCAGCCAAAGGAACUUCAGAAAGCCAAGGAGAAGAUGCUGAAAGAGAAGAACAUGUGGGCCAUCCUCAAGGACGUGAUAAUGUAUUCCACGCUGUUUGCCUGCCUCAUGUGGAUGGCGUACGGCCGGGAGGUGGCCUACCAUCUCCCAGUCAACCAGGGCGUCCGACAGACCUACUUACAAACCCCGCAUCCCUUUACUGAGGUCUCAUCCGUUGAUGAUCUCUGGUCUUGGAUGCAUGGGGAUCUACUGGACAGACUGUAUUGGGAUGAGUGGUACAACAAGGACACGGUCGUUGAAGAAAAGAACUCGAUCAUGAACGGGGAGAGCAUCCUCCUCGGCAAGGCCAGCCUGCGCCAGGUGCGGGUUCGACACCACUCUUGCCCCGUGGCCAGACCGGCCCAGUCGCUGUUCCCCGACUGUAAGGCCAGCUAUGGCCCCAGUGCAGAAUCCACGGUGCCUUACGGUCCGGAGGAUGCCUGGGCCCACUACAGCAAAGGGGAGCUGAGACGCUACUCCAAGUGGGGCUACUUCGGGUCAUACGAGGGGGACGGGUACGUGGUCAGCCUCAACAGCAGCAGGGAGGGGACUCGGAACCAGCUGGCGUUUCUACAGAAUAAUUCCUGGAUCGAUGAUCAGACCAGGGCGGUCAUUGUGGAGUUCACUAUAUACAACGCACCCACAAACCUCUACACUUCUGUGGCAUUCCUUGCUGAGCUGCCGGGCACCGGUGCCGUCCAUCCCUUCCCAAAGAUCGAGUCGGUUUUGCUGUAUCGCUACGAGACUGUCUACGACUACUUGAUCAUGUGCUGCGAGCUACUCUUUCUGCUCCUGGUGGCAGUAUCCUGCAAGAGAGAGGUCCAAAAACUGGUCAAGAUUAGAGCCGCUUUCUUCAAGAGCACUUGGUCAUGGAUGGAGAUGGGCAUGAUAAUCUUAUCCCUGACCUACUUUGCCAUGUACGUCUGCCGUUUCAUGUAUGUCAACAGUGCCACCCAGCACCUGCGAGAGACCUACUUGGAGGAGUUUGUCGACUUUUCCCUCCUGGCCUACUGGGAUCAGAUACUGAAGGACUUGCUGGCCAGCUUGAUCUUCCUGUCCUCGGUCAAGUUCCUGCGUGUGCUCCGCUUCAACCAGACGGUGGCGUUGUUUGGGGCGGUCAUCGACGAAGCCAUCAAAGAAAUCCUGACAUUCGCGCUGUACCUGUUGGUCCUGGAGAUGGCCUUUGCCUGCCUGGGGGUCCUCCUCUUCUCCACCCACUUCUACCCCCUGAAGCACCUGUACAUAUCCUCCACCCUCCUGAACUCCAUGGUCAUGGGCCGGCCGCUGGACUACGGCGAUCUGGCCGCUGAGUUUCCGAUCCUGUGGUAUCUGUUUUACUUCGCGUACGUGUUCAGCAUGAUCAUCUUCAUGGCCGGAUUGAUCAAGGCCAUUCUAUGCCACAGCUAUCGGCAGGUCAAGCAGCGUCAGGUACCGGCCGUCGGAGGCAUGGAGGUCCUCCAUUUCUUUUGGAACAAGUUCCUGAUCCGCGUCGGCCUGAAGGAAGCACCCGAAGAGGACAAGCCCAUGACGCUACCCACAGAGUUCACCAUGGCUGAGAUCGAGUACCAAGUGGACGAGCUACUCUUCCGCAUGAGUGCCAUCACCCACCAGCACGGCCUGCCCGAGAAAACCUACGGUUACUUCGAAGACUCGGACGGAACUCAUAACAUGAUGGAGGACGGAAUGUCCAGCACAUGCUCGGAGCUCAAUUUCGUUGACAGCACUCAUCUUGAAGACGGAGCUCAGAAGAUGGAGGCCCAGUUGUACGGCCACAAUCCAGAACUAGCAGAUGGUAACUGCUUUGCAGACGAGGAUAGGGAGAAACAACUUAGGUCUGGGUUGGAUAUGGAGAUCUACAAGCAGCUGCGGCAUCGCCGCCUGCAGCACGACCUGCACGACAGCGGGCACGACACCCAGUCCACCUCCGAGCACAUGGAGUUCGGCAGCGACGUCGCCUCCAUGGACCAACCCUUGCCGUCGACGCCCAAACCACUGAACGUCCGCGACGCCCAGGGCCGGCCCACUUUCCCCAAGCCUUUACAGAAUCUGGGCAUAUUAGAAACAGUUCCAGCACCUGUCCGGCCACCAUCAGCAAUUUUUACCAAUCGCAAACAAGCGUGGGGACAAUCAAGCUCAGCUGAAGCCAAAUCAGACAGUCAGGGAUGUGUCAUGACUCAGAGACCACCUAGGGUGGCCACACCCCAGGACAGAUGCCCAGACAGACCCCCAAGUACGAGUGAUGUGACCAGAAGGCCGUACACUGCGGGGGUGGUUGAUAAAAGGUCAAGACCGGAGCACCGGCUCAAGCCAACCUCGGCGUCUUUUGCAAGGCGUGACCGGCAACUGGUCUCCAGUUCCGAGGUUUUAGACACGCAGAGCAGCUCGUCAUCGUCGAGCUUCGUCCACCGAACUGACUCAAUGUCCUCUCACGCGAGCGACUUGGGGAUGUCACAGGUCAACGCUGCGCUCGGGGCGUCCCACAGAAUUCGAGACGGGAUUGCAAUCCCCCUGGAACCGGUAAUCAAUCUGGAUCAGCUGGUCCGGGACUACCCAGAGGGGGAAAGGCCGACUGUUGAAAGAGCCUUCAGCGUGGAGAGCUUCCCCUUGCCCAAUGCGCUGGACGGUCUGUCCUCCAGCUCCGACGAGAACACGAAAGACACAAAGUCGGCCAAGCGCAAACACAAGGGCAGCAGGGAGUCCGAGGCCAGACACCGGCUGCGGAAAACGCGGUCACGUGGGAAGGGCAAAGGGCGGAGACGAUUUGACGAGGCAAUAUAUGUCAACGAUGCCUUCAGCUCCGACAGCGGGGGCGACAUACCAGUUAUUCAGAUGGGACCAACCAUGCAUCAUGAAAGAAGAUAAAUAAUUAGUCAAUAAGACUUAACGCCCCCUUACUGCCCAAAACCAGGGGUUAUCAAACCAAACUGUAUAUAAGCUGUGCAUCUUGUAUUUCAAAUUAUAUUAAAAAGCACAUGAAAAUCCAAGAAUGUCUUCUUUUUUUUUACAAACUAACGUGUGCUUACUCAAUUCCAUCCAAGUAAAACAAAUCCAGUGCUUUCAAAGUAUGCACACAAAAACAUGUGCCUACUUCAUUCAUUUGUUACAUCAAAGUAAAAAACAAAAAUCAUCCAAUAUUUGAGUACCGAGUUGCCAUCCAAUUGUACAGUUCUGAAAGUCUUCUGUUAUUUAAACCAUUUUACGUUAUUUAAAUUUGAAACUCAAUGUUCCCUCCAUGUAUUAAAUUUUGAGAGUUGUCAUUUUUUCCCGAUGGAAUCACUAUUUUGUAAUCAACCAUAAAGCAGCAAAAUUUAAUACUCAUUUACAAAAUCUUCAACUAUUAUGUUAUUCCAAAAAUUAACAUAAAAUCAUUGUAAAAAUAUUUCUGGAUUUUAUGAUUUUUCAACCAAGAGCCCCGUCCACGUAAAUUGAAUAUUAAAUGAAUAUUUAUGUUGGUUUUUAUUCAGUCCAAAUUUAGUUGUCACUGUUGAUUUUACCUCCUUUUUAUAAAUCUAGGGCAUAAUUUUUUUUCAGUAUUGCGUCCUUAAAUAAAUUUGCUCGCUCAAAUCAGGAAAAUACUUUGAUCAACUAAAGAUGUACUUUGCAAACGAACUAUUUUAAAGCUAAACUAGCACACUUUUCUCCGUUCUCAAGGUGUACUUGUAGAACUUGUGUACAAAUAUGUUAACAGUAUUAUUUUUUAUAAAGGUCAUGUAAAUGAAAUGCAUUUUUGCAUUAUCAAGAAUAUAUUUUUACAUUGUACAUUUUGUACAUGUAUAUAUUGUUUAACUCUGUAACUUAUUCUUUUUUUAAAAGAACGAAUAAAGCUCUGCCCAUAACAAACAAACUGGUUACAAUUCUUUAUUUUUCAUAAAUUUAUCAAAUUGAAUUUGAAUUUGCGUUGCAAGUCUCUUUUUUUACAGCAUGGCAGUUUAUGGAUAUUUUAUUUAAAUAAAUGCAUAUAUUAUGCGCAUUCAAAUGAAUCUAGCUUAAAAUAAACUUCUUAUGUCAGACAAGCAAAAAGGAAUUAUUCUCAAAAACAUUUUUUUUUAAACCCUCGAAGAGGCAACCUGCACUCUUUCUGAAAAAGUUCCGAGUAGAAAAAAAUAGUACUACGAGAGGUGGAAUGAAAUAUUAUUUAAUGGCUCCAAUGCUUCAUCACCCAAUAGUGACCUUGUUACGAAUAUGCAUGGCCUUGAAUUGGCUCCGCCC